AUCGUCAUCAUACUGGAGGACUGUUUGGCAUAAGUUCUAGAAGUCGACGCGGUGAGUCUUCUAGGCAUGGAGAUACUAUCGGGUCUACUCUGGACCGAAAUAUUGAGGCUUCUGCUCGCAGAUCUACAGUUGGAAAACUAAUUGAAACUGAUGGUGUUCCCCUAGUUGGCAUCAAUGAUCUAAAAGCAAUGAUCAGAUUGCUACGUAUAGUUCAGCCUUUGUAUAAAGGUCAACUACAGAGGCUUUUCUUGAAUCUAUGUACUCAUCACGAGACAAGAACUUAUUUGGUGGAAGUUUUAAUGGAUAUGCUAAUGUUGGAUCUACGGGGACCCACUAACACUGCAGUUGAAUACGCUGAAUCCCCGUUUAGGUUGUAUGGGUGUCAGAGUUAUGUCGCCUAUUCCCGUCCUCAAUUUUAUGGCGGAGUGCCUCCGUUAGUGUCUCGCCGUAUUUUGGAGACUUUGGCCUACUUAGCAAAAAAUCAUCCAAAUGUAUCCAAGCUCCUAUUGCAUCUUGUAUUACCAUGUUCACCUACAAGCGUACCUGAAGUAUCGGACAAGGGACACGGGAAAGCUGUUCUGAUGGAGGAAGAUAAAUCCGAGGUUAAAACAGGAGCUUUUGCUAUUGUGUUACUUCUUGAACUCUUGAAUCAACCAUUGUACAUGCGGAGUGUUUCUCAUCUGGAACAGUUGUUAAAUCUCAUUGAGGUUGUUAUUGAUUCUGGCCUGUCAAACAAACCUGAAGCACCAACUGAGCUACAAUCUGCUUCUGACAUUAUGCAAGACACACCAGUUAAUGCUGAUGCUGUUGUGUCUUCUGCUAAAGAGGAUAUUAAAUCAAAGAAAAGUGAGGAUUCUAAAAAGGCUUCUACUUCUGGUACAAACAACAAAAACAAUAUUAGUGAUAUUUUAUUGAGCAUUCCAGAAGGAGAGCUUAGACUUCUCUGCUCUUUGCUUGCACGUGAAGGAUUAUCUGAUAAUGCAUACAAUCUUGUUGCUGAGGUCUUAAAAAAAGUGGUGGCCAAUGCUCCAGCGUAUUGUCAUUUAUUUACUACAGAGCUGGUCAAUUCAGUGCGAAAUUUAAGUAUUUAUGCAAUUAAUGAACUUAACCUAUACGAGGAUGCUGAGAAAGCACUUCUCAGCUCAUCUUCUAUUAAUGGUACUGCAAUCUUGAGAGUUCUGCAGGCUUUGAGCUCUCUUAUUGCUGCAUUGCACGAAAAGAAGGACCCAGUUUCAUUCCCCGACAAAGACCAUAUUAAUGCUCUUUCUCAUGUAUGGGAUAUAAAUUCUGCACUUGAACCUUUGUGGCUAGAGUUGAGCAAUUGCAUAAGCAAAAUUGAGAUCUCUUCAGGACCUCCAUCAGAGCCUGAAUCUAUUUCAGGAAAUUUGGCAUCGACGAGUACAAUUGUAGUAUCACCACUCUCUGUUGGUGCCCAAAACAUCUUGCCAUAUAUUGAGUCAUUCUUUGUGACAUGUGAAAAGUUGCGUCCUGGGCAAUAUGAAACUGUUCAAGAUUUUGCUACUACGGCAACUGACAUUGAAGAUGCAACUACACCAACUGCACAAAAAUCAUCUUGUGGGCCAUGUACAAGCACCCAUGAAAAACAGGUUGUUUUUGUUAGGUUUCUGGAGAGGCAUAGGAAGUUGUUAAAUUCAUUCAUUCGUCAGAAUCCUGGUUUGCUUGAGAAGUCAUUUUCUCUCAUGCUCAAAAUUCCACGAUACAUUGACUUUGACAAUAAACGGUCUCAUUUUCGAUCAAAAAUAAAGCAUCAACAUGAUCAUCAUCACAGUCCUGUUAGAAUUUCAGUGAGAAGAGCCUACAUAUUGGAGGACUCAUAUAACCAAUUGCGAAUGCGCUCGCCACAAGAUUUGAAGGGAAAAUUAACUGUCCAUUUUCAAGGUGAAGAAGGUAUUGAUGCCGGUGGACUUACCAGGGAAUGGUAUCAGUUGCUUUCUCGGGUAAUUUUUGAUAAGGGUGCCCUUCUUUUCACAACUGUUGGCAAUGAAUCAACAUUCCAGCCAAACCCCAAUUCAGUUUACCAGACGGAACAUCUUUCAUAUUUUAAGUUUGUUGGACGAGUGGUCAGUAAAGCACUCUUUGAUAGUCAGCUCCUUGAUGUCCAUUUUACAAGGUCAUUUUACAAACACAUUCUUGGUGUAAAGGUUACUUAUCAUGACAUUGAGGCUGUUGAUCCAGAUUACUAUAAAAAUCUGAAGUGGAUGCUUGAGAACGAUAUAAGUGAGGUAUUGGAUCUUACUUUCAGUAUGGAUGCUGAUGAGGAAAAACUGAUAUUGUAUGAAAAGGCUGAGGUAACUGAUUCUGAGUUGAUUCCUGGUGGGAGAAAUAUUCGAGUCACUGAAGAAAACAAACACGAAUAUGUUGAUCGUGUGGCUGAACAUUUGCUAACCACUGCAAUUAGGCCUCAAAUAAAUGCAUUUAUGGAAGGCUUUAAUGAGUUGAUACCCAGGGAUCUGAUAUCUAUUUUCAAUGAUAAAGAAUUAGAAUUAUUAAUAAGUGGACUUCCUGAUAUUGAUUUGGAUGACCUGAGAGCAAAUACUGAAUAUUCUGGCUAUAGCAAUGCAUCCCCUGUAAUUCAAUGGUUUUGGGAAGUCGUUCAGGGCUUCAGCAAAGAGGACAAGGCCCGAUUCCUUCAAUUUGUAACUGGCACCUCAAAGGUGCCUCUGGAAGGAUUUAGUGCACUUCAAGGAAUCUCAGGCUCUCAGCGGUUUCAGAUUCACAAGGCAUAUGGAACCCCGCACCAUCUGCCUUCAGCUCAUACUUGCUUCAACCAAUUGGACCUGCCUGAGUACACCUCAAAAGGACAGUUGCAGGAGAGGUUACUUCUAGCUAUCCAUGAAGCGAAUGAAGGGUUUGGCUUCGGUUGAGAGUUGGAAGGAAGGUGUGCACUUGUACAGAUAGGUGUAUUCGACAGGGUUUUAAAAGCCAACUCUCUCCUUGCUGAGGGUCUGAAGUGUGGUUGCUUGGUCGCACUUAUGGAAUAGGGACUUCCUCAAAUUGGAAUUCAACCAUGAAGUAGUCACCUUAUGAUUUGUGAGAGAAACCCCCAUAUAUGAUAUACCACUCUAUCUCCAGGCUGAUGUUGCAGAUUGUGGAUGUCAGUCGUCCGAAUCCCCGUGACUGCAAAUCAAAUCGUCUUGUAUGGCGUCUCCUUUGCUAACUUUGUUUUUUUUUCCAUAUUAUUUUUUAGUACAACUUUUGUACUCAAAAAACAGCAAAGCUCUCGUGGAUAUUUGGAACAGAUUGUGAAUGGCAACAUCUUGUUAUUCAGUAAAAUGCAUCCUUUUCUUAUGAAUCA